AUGGGGGAUUCAGCCAAAGAACGAAAAUACAUUGACAUCGGUAUCAAUCUAGGAGACCCUGUGUUCAGGGGCACGUACCAUGGCAAAAAUGUGCACGAGAAUGAUCUACAAGAUAUAAUCGAUCGAGCCGUUGAGGUUGGCUGCCGAAAGUUCAUGAUCACUGGCUCAGACUUGCGUGAGUCUCGGCAUGCCGUGGAUCUGGCGCGGGAACACUCAGGAUUAUGCUAUGCCACUGUCGGCGUACAUCCAUGUUCCGCAAAGCUCUUUGACUCCUACGCUGGAGGACCCGAGAAGUAUCUGGCCGAGAUCAAGGCCCUGGCACUAUCGGCCAAGGAGUCAGGCCAUGCCGUCGCCUUUGGAGAGAUAGGUCUAGACUACGAUAGGCUAUUCCUCUCGCCCAAGGAUCAGCAGCUAAAGUACUUUGAGGCUCAACUUGAAGUAGCCGUGGAGGUCCAGCUACCUCUUUUCUUACACUCACGAGCAGCAAGUGAAGAUUUUGAACGGCUGCUCUCUGCCCAGCUGCCACAGUUACCCAAGGGAGGCCUGGUACAUAGCUUCACCGGAACCGUCGAUGAAAUGCAACGGCUUGUAGCCCUCGGGUUGGACCUUGGGGUUAACGGGUGUAGCUUGAAGACUGAGGAGAACCUAGAAGUCGUCAAAGCCAUGCCGUUGGAUAAGAUACAAAUCGAAACUGACGGGCCCUGGUGUGAAAUUCGGCCAUCCCACGCGAGCUACAAGCACGUCAAGUCUACGCUGCCUAAAUCGUGCAAGAAAGAGAAAUGGCAGAAGGGAUGUAUGGUGAAAGGAAGAAACGAGCCGGUUGCUAUCGUUCGUGUCGCCGAAGUGAUUGCUGCGGUGAAAGGGAUAACGGUGGACGAAGUUUGUGAAGCCGCAUGGAACAACUCGGUUCGCAUGUUUGGACUUGGUGAAGUGGCCUGA